AUGCUCAUAAAAGUGUUGUUAUGUUUGAUUGUUCUGCUCAAUGCAGUAACAGGACUUUCCAGGCAUCCGAAACUGUUGCUUAUCUCAUUUGAUGGAUUUCGUUAUGAUUUAUUAGAGGAGGGAUUAGUACCGAACAUUCACAAAUGGGCGACAAUGUCAACAUGGUUCACUUCUGGUGUCAAAUCACAAUAUGUGACAUAUACUGCUCCAAAUCAUAUGAGUAUUGCAACUGGAAUGUUUGAACAAGAACACGGAAUCGUCGGAAACUACUUUUUUGAUGCGGAAACGAAGAAAAUGUUCGAUUAUUUCAAUUCAACUGGUAAAGAUGGUGCUGUGAACGCGUCGCAAGCAGAUUUUUGGUUUAAAUCAGAUCCUAUUUGGUUGACUAACGAGCGAUGGGAGACGUCCAGGAGGUCUGCUUCGUUUUACUGGCCGAACGGAGAAUCACCAUUCCCGUACCUUCCUCAUAGACCUAAAAUCGCUAAACCCUGGACUAUCGUAGGUGAUCUCAAAACUUGGAUGCAAGAUGCUGAUGACGUUAUCGAUGCUUUUACUCGUGAGAAAGAGCCAGUUAAUUUCGCUGCUUGGUACGUGGCUGAGCCUGAUCACACACUUCAUGGAAACGGAUUCCAUAAUAAGGAAAUUGAGAAAACAUUGAAAAAAAUGGACGAUCUCUUCCUUUAUUUCAUCAAAAAGUUCGAUGAUAACAAUUUGGGAACUGAAGUUAAUAUCAUUCUAACAGCAGAUCACGGUCAUGCGGAAAUUAAAGACCACAAGCAUGUAAUGUGUGUGAAAAAUUUUGUGAGCGGUGCUGGGUUUGAGAUGGGCGAUCAUAUGAUCUAUCCACAUUCGGAAGAAAUCGGUAAACAGAUUUAUACGAAUUUGACUGAAGCUGUGAAGAAAUAUGGAUAUGAAGUUAAUAUUCACUGGAAAGAAGAUGUUCCGGAGAGGUGGCACUAUAAAAACAGUUCUAGAAUUGGGAAAAUUGUAUUUGAACCACAAGUCGGAUCCGCAAUCUCGUUUUCAUGCACCUCUGAGCAGAUGGAAAAACAAUACGGAGAGAAUGGUACUACAAAAUUCAAUUCAUCCACGCAUGGGCAAGAUCCUGAUAGACCAGAAAUGAGAGCGUUCCUCAUGAUGAGAGGACCUGCGUUUUCUGAAAAUUACACUAUAGCCGAUAUUCCAUCGAACGUAGAUUUAUAUAAUCUGAUGUGUCAUGUACUCGGAAUCACUCCAUCUGAAAACAAUGGAACGAUGGAAAUUGUAAAACGAGCAUUGAAAGAGAAUAGAUACUUGCCAAUGACUCAUGGAUUCGUAUUUAAUCAGAUCACUGACUCAUGGAGUUUCUCCUUAAUUCUCAUUCCAUCAAUGUGCAUUGUGAUCGUUUUCUUUGCUUACGGUUGUAAAAAGACCGUAUUGAAGUCGGAUCCUAAUUGGGGAAGAUCUGAUACUGUUCAAGGAUAUCGUCCGUUGAGUAAUAGAACAAAUGAAGGAUUCGAAUUGAAUGAUGAUGAAGAUGAAGAUGAAGGAGAUGGGUUGAGGAGUAGUGGUGAUAUAGAAAGAGGUGGAAGAAGGAAUCAAGCAGGAGGAGGAGCUCUCGGAAGUCUCAGCAAUGGGACAGUUGCCAUGUCAGGACUAUUGGACGAAAUGAGCGACGAUGAUAUUUGA